UCCUUCUCCCCUGGGUGGGCGGCAUAGUGGGGAACUAACGGCGAGAUGCGGGGAGCAGUCCGAGAAAUGGUGGAAGGUGUCACGGGUAUUUUCCAAAAGGAUGUGGGGCCAGAGUUACCGCGCGGUAGCCCUUUCGACACUAAACUAAACCAAACUGUAAUAUACUUCUCACCCUUCAAAUUAUUAUACCAUACACGUUUUUUUUACACCUUCACAGGGAUGUAAUGCAUGAUAGCGAGCAGUUUGCGGGGGAGCCGAAGACCAACCGACUACCCACUGGAGAACAGUACAAUAUGAGCAAUUGGCAGUCCGAGCCGCCGUUCACAUAUAAUUCACACAGCAAAAGAGAAAUUGGAAAAAAAACCUUGGCUACCGGGAACACCGCACGAUUCCACUCCGCCAUUCCAUGCCCGCUCACACUUUACCGGUAUGCAAGUAUUUUCGUUUCAACCAUCACACUCGGGUACGAUACCACAGUUCGGAUAGAAUGGAAUGGAUAAGGGCGGGGAUAUGGCAUUGAAUCCUGUCACUCCUUGGCCCGCAUUUUUAUUUCUAUUUUUUCACCCCCUCCCAAACUUAUCCGUUUCCUUUCCUUUCCGCCUUCCCUAAGUUUGCUUCACCAUCAUCACUCGUCUUUUUUUCCGAAAAACAAAUUCCAGUUUUGCUUUUCUUUUCCCCCUUUGUUUAUGAUAUUGCUUUUUCCUCUCCCGCGACCGGUUGCGUGCAUGAUCACGUCAGGAGAAGAUAAGAUUCUCGAAGAUCUGUGGAAUGUUCGCAUCUCUGCACCCGUAUGGUGGAUGGAUGGAGAGCGUGCGCAUAAGCGGUAAUGCGAGGAGGAGAAGGAGAGAGGAGAAGGAUAUCAGCGUUUGAUACGAGUACGGGUACGGUAAAACGGAGAAUAUGAUUGAGGGAGGAGAGGUUACAGCACGUUUCGGCGUUUGAAAAAGGAACCCUGAUGAGCGUCUCCCGGGAUAUUAUUCAUUAUUCUAUUACUACUCAAACUACGCCAGACUAUGAUUGCUUACUUCACCGCACUUUGUCGUUCCCUCUCUCUACCCCACUCUCUUGCAGAUCACCCACCAUACAAGCAACCACCUGCCAUCCCAAGCCGCAACCGCCGCAACCUCCAGUUUCACAACAUGCACUUGUUCACGUUCAAUUGUUUAUGCCCUUCCUUUCUUCCUUUCUUUUUCCCCUGCUGCCGUAAAACAAGCCCACGCCCGAAUCAUAAAGCUUUAUUUAUUUCAACCCCCACCAUGUUUAUCCAUGUUUAUGAUAUGGCAAGUGCAAUCAAUACGGCGAAAGAAACAACCCCCCCCCAAGACAUCCCGCAGAAACAUGCCCCCGAUACCGCACCUCGUACAUUACUGUACCUGCUUCCCUCCCCUCCCCGCCGCCACCAGCGCUUCGAGUAAGCAACCGUCAUCACAAUAUUAUGAUACCGUUAUCGCAAACAUCACACAGCAUGAAACGUGGAAAAAGCUUUCGAAAUAGACGAGUCGGUUAGGUGGAUAGAUGGAUAAAUUUAGACGUAGAGAUAGAGAGAGAGUAUGAUACAGUAGAUAAGCCCAUCCAACCCACUCCGCCAGCCGGGCCGAUGAGUGAUUUUUUAAAAUCGGGCAAUCGCAACAAAUCCUACCGGCAGAUGUAUAGAUAGAUGGAUACAUUACUCGAGCACGGUACUGCAUCAUACUCGUACCGUACUAUAGUAGUCCCGGUACUGUGGAUGUAGCGUUACACCGAUAUCGCACUGUACCGGUACGACAAAAGGUAUGAUAUGUGUCGUGCAGUUCAGGUUCGGUAAGCUACCGAUGUUUACCGUAUCAUAUCAUAGUAGAUUUAUGCACUGUACUCGUACUAUACUCGGGCACAGAGCCAUCUUGCUGACGAUAUAUUGUGGCCUCCAACUU